AUGCGCGUAUUUUGCCUCUUGUCUGCUCUGGUGCUUCCACUAGUUAUUUGUGAUCGUUUCGAAGAAGAAUUGCUUGUUAAAGAUUUUGGCAAUGGGUUUUCUGGAUUUCACUUCAAUUUUGUUACUCAAAAGAAGUUGGGGGAUGAUCACCACUUCCACAUAUUUCCAAAACCUCUGUAUAACAUCCUUACGAAGUACAGCGUUAGUGAGUUUCACUUGUCUAUGGUAAAAGGUCAUUGGGACCGACUGAAGUGGGGCCCUCCAUUCGUUCCAAGUGCAUCCGGUGGGGCUGAAAUAUGGGCUUGGUUUUCUCCCACUACUUCAAACGUUGAUGCAUCCUGGACGUACUUCCUUGAGGCGUUGUCGGGCCAGUUUUGUGCUUCAUUAAGUCAACUUGGUUUACCCAAAAAUUACAUUUCACCGUCGCUAUCGCACCGCCCUUCAGGACUCUUCCAAAAAAUCACCUCCCAGAAUGUAUCCAGUGUCUUCCGGUAUGCUCAAUUUUCCCAUGAAGAAGUGUGUACGGAGAAUCUCACUCCGUGGUCAAAACUUUUGCCGUGCAAGAAAAUAGGUGGUCUAGCUAGCAUGCUCAAACCUAAGUCAAUCUUCAAGGCCACUUACAGCGCAUUGUUCACCGACGUUCGAUGUGAUGAUAAAUGCAAGCAGUUUUCAUUAGAAUUGAAGCAGUCUCUGACAAUCGUCUUUGAUCGUCGCCAUAUGUAUGGUUCCAUUCAAGAACCCUGGUCUUUAAUCGGUCUUCUGGGUGAUGAAAUGACCAAAUCAUGUCCAGUCGCAUCUCGAAGCGAGAUAAUUAUUCUUAGUUCCCAACCCCAGCUUCUACUGGAUCCGCCUGCUGAUGUGACUUCCAUAGUCAAUUGGGAUGUUCGCCGCGUUCUUGCUGUAUAUUCUCCGUCCUACAAUUUCGCUAAUAACCUCACCAUAACAUCUUUCCUUCCCAUCGAAACCCCCCGUUCGUCGACAGUAAAUGAAGAAGGCGUUUCGGUCAUGAAAUACUCAACAGGAAAGGGGGACGUAGGCGGAGGAGUGAGAGUCGAAUUGCGUAACAAUCUUGCUGUUCCAGUGCCAGUUGUCCUCCUCGACUCCGCUCCUUGGUACGCUGAAAUUUACUUCAGCAGUCUCACUAUAACUCGACAGUAUCCGGAUGGUAGUGCUCCUGUUGUAAUUACUCCAGACAAGGUGACCUUCCAGCCGAGCGUCCGGCGUAAGCAGAUGGCUUUCUUAGAGCUUCUUCUCACACUACCUCCCGGUGCAUGCGUCACGGUCUCUUAUGCCUUCACAAAGGUUCUCAUGCGCUGGAACGAAUAUCUGCCUGACGCAAACCAUGGUGUCUACCUGCCUGCCGCCAGUGUUGUCUAUCAGUUUUCCCCCGAGCAACUCGAUAGACUGCGGGCCAGCAGAAAUCCAGUGACCUGGGAACUGGCGCUCCCUCUUUGGGCCAGUACUUACGCUGAAUAUCUCUCCGCAGCGAAUACCUCAAGGCAAGGCACAAAGCCGUUGGGCGACGGCCUCUUGCGCCUCUAUUCCGAGGCCCUGCUCAUUCGCCUCCCCGUCCCCGAUUUCAGCAUGCCUUUCAACGCCCUGUGUCUGGUGUGUUCUGUGGUUGCCAUACUCUUUGGCAGCAUACACAAACUAACCACCUGCGGCUUGGUGCCUGUCGUCGCCGAAGGGGACGAGGACGUGGUCGACAAACCGCCUAUCGUUCGUUUAUUCCAAAAACUAAAAAUCCUCUUUCAACGCCUGCACAGACGAAGCCAUUUGAAAAAUGAGUAG